UUUAAAAUGCAAGUUGUAAAAGUCCUUUGGGCUUUUCUGUGGAUCAUUCCUCAGGCCCUGGCAAAGGAUCCGUGCGCAGGGCAAUCGUUUGGAUCCAGAGCAGUCGACCCCGAAGAUCCCCGUUCCUAUUAUCUCUGCCUGGGUUUCCUUGGUCAGAUAAAGAAUACAUGCAGUACUGGAUAUUUGUUUAAUGGUCAAACGCAGGGAUGUGUAAUUACUAACCAGACAAGCGUAACAUCUCCUAAUGACCAAAGGGAAAAAAAGGAUAAAUCCGAAGUUAACAUCAAACAAACUGUGAACGUGGAUAGACCAGUUAUAUUCAACAUCUUCGGAAACUUUAAUUUUUUUGCAAGUCUAUGGGGCGGAUCCCAAGAUACGACUCCGUCUCCCCCGAAAACCAGACCAAUUGCUCAUCUGCAAUUAUUGGAGGACGCUGGGGAAGCUCAACUUUUGUCUGCCCCAAGCCCCUCUGAUGAUUCUCUAAUCAGUUUUACUGAUAAUUCUGAGUCCACAUCCUCAACCGAAUCUUCACCUGAUAGUUCUACGGAUGCUGAUAUUUCGAGUUCAUCCACUGAGGAAAGUAUUUCUGGUUUCGAUAGUCCCUUGUCCACUGAACCAUCAAUAAGUCCGUCAGAAGAAAGUAGCUCCGAAGGUUCAGUAACGACGGAAAUUUAUCAAGAAGCGAUCAUUUCAAGUUCGGAAAAUCCGUCAACAGAAUCUGAACCGGAAAGUUCGACCCAGGAAAUUAUCUCAAGCUCAGAAAAUUCGUUCUCCACGGAAUCAACCCCAGCUGAAUCUGAGUCGGAAAGUUCAAGCUCUGAAAUUAUAUCAUCCACAGAAGCUUCCUUAGAAGAUUUAAUCUUGAAUUCGGAAAGUCCUUCGACGGAAAUUUCGUCAAGCUCAGACAAUCCGGAAACAUCGACAGAAGCAACGGACGGUUCAUCCUCAACUGAAUCCUUAACAGAAAGUUCCUCACAAGAUAGUAGCCCAAGCACUGAAAGUCCUUUGUCCACAGAAGCUUCCUUAGAAGAUAUUAUCCUAAAUUCGGAAAGUCCUUUGUCUACAGAAUCAUCAAUAGAGAUUUCCUCUAGCUCAGACAAUCCGGAAUCAUCGACAGAAGCGACGGACGGUUCAUCCUCAACUGAAUCCUUACCAGAAAGUUCAUCGCAAGAUAGUAGCCCAAACACUGAAAGUCCUUUGUCUACAGAAGCUUCCUUAGAAGAUAUUAUCCUAAGUUCGGAAAGUCCUUUGUCUACAGAAUCAUCAACAGAGAAUAUUUCCAGCUCGGACGUUUCCUCAAGCUCAGAGAAUCCGGAAUCAUCAACUGAAUCUUCAUCAGAAAGUUCCACGCAAGAAAGCAGCUCGUCCACAGAAGCUUCCUUAGAAGAUAUAAUCGUAAGCUCAGGAAGUCCUUUGUCUACAGAGUCAUCAACUGAGAUCGAUUCAAGCUCAGAAAGCUCCUCAACAGAAUCAGCUUCGGAGAGUUCCACCGAAGAAAAUAGUUCAAGUUCGGAAGGUCCUUUAUCUACAGAGAAUUCUCUGGAAGAUAUAGUUUUGAGUUCCCCAAGUCCUCAGUCCACAGAAUCAUCAACAGGUGCGACAGGAGAAGGUGAUUCAAGCUCUGAUAUCCCGACGUCCACAGAACUCGGAGCGGAAAGCUCUACUGCAGAGAGUCUUUUAAGCUCAACAGGUACUACUGAUAUAGAAACGCCACCUUCAACAGCUCCAUCACUGGAAAGUUCGACGGAAGAGAAUAUUUCCAGCACUGAAAGUUCUUCCCCAGAUAGUCCAACGUCUUCUCCUGAAAGCUCCACUGAGGAGAGUUCAACGACCGCAGGUCCUGUUAUAAGCACAACUGCGCAGGAUAGGGGAUCUGAAGAUAAUGACUUUGUAAAAGUGGAAAGCACCUCAUCGACAGAGUCAUCUCCACAAAGCUCGACAGAGGAAGAUGUAAGUAGUACUCAGAGUCUCUUGACCACUGAAGCUACAUCAGAAACUACCACGGAUCAAGGGAUUUUAUCAACAUCAGAACCUCCACCUGGCACCACAGAGAAAGACGGUGAUUCCGGAAACAGUGGAUCCGAAAGCGGUAUCUCAACAGAACCUUCUCCAAAAAGCUCGACGGAGGGAGAUAUUUUCAGCUCAGAAAAUCCCUUGACCACAGAACCCACAUUACAAACUACAACUAAAGAAAAUAUUGAUAGUUCUGAAAAGUCAUCCACAAGUUCGACUCCAUGUAUCACGGUUCCAACUACACAAAGUUCUACAAAGAUUCCAUCAACCUCAGAUCCCUCACCAGGCACAACAGAAAAAGAUGGUGACUCCGGAAACAGUGGAUCCGAAAGCGGUAUCUCAACAGAGCCACCUCCACAAAGCUCGACGGAGGGAAAUAUUUCCAGUUCCGAAAGUCCCUUAACGACGGAACUCACAUCAGAAACUACAACUGAGAAAAAUAAUGAUAGUUCUGAAGAGCCAUCCACAAGUUCGACUCCCUGUACUACGGUUCCAACUACACGAAGUUCUACCAAGAUUUCAUCAACCUCAGAUCCCUCACCAGGCACUACAGAGAAAGACGGUGACUCCGGAAACAGUGGGUCUACAGAGCCAUCUCCAAAAAGCUCUACUGAGGAAAAUAUUUCCAGUUCCGAAAGUCCCUUAACCACCGAACCUUCCUCAAAAUCUACAACUGAGGAAAACAAUGAUAGUUCUGAAGAGCCUUCCACACAAAGUUCUACGCAGACUUCAACGACCUUGGAUCCCUCGCCAGAUACCACAGAGAAAGACGGUGACUCCGGAAACAGUGGAUCGGAAAGUGGUAUCUCAACAGAGCCGUCUCCAAAAAGCUCGACGACUCCAUGCACCACGGUUCCAUCUACAAAAAGUUCUACAAAGAUUCCAGAGAUUACAUCGACGUUAGUUCCAUCGCCAGAUACCACAGAUAAAGACGGAGACUCAGGAAACAAUGGAUCCGAAAGCGGUACCUCAACAGAGCCAUCACCACAAAGCUCGACGGAGGGAAAUAUUUCCAGCUCUGAAAAUCCGUUGUCUACGGAACCAACUGAACCAUCUGAACCAACGUCCAGUACGACUCCAUGCACGACGGUUUCAACUCCACAGAGUUCAACAGAACUUCCCCUCAGUACUUCCACCAUUAGUACAACACCGUGCACCACCGUUCCGAGGGCAGAAAGUUCGACACAGGGUAAUAUCGCUAGCACUUCAACUCUGGAACCCGAAAAAACUGAUUGCAGCAACUUGCCCAAUGGAGUCUUUCUAAGGGACGCCCAGUCGUGCAAUAAAUACUAUGUAUGUCUGAAUGGCAAACCGAUUCCCGGCCAUUGUCCCAGAAAUCUGAAUUUCGACAUCAAGAGGAAGGUCUGCAAUUUCCCUAGUCUAGUAGACUGCGCAUACGAAGAGAAUCUGGAAGCUGUGACGAAGAAACCCUCGAACAUAUCGACUCCUGACUGCACAUUGUCAAGAAAUGGCGCAUACUUUAGGGAUCCAAAGUCAUGCAGUAAAUUCUAUAUUUGCGCCAAUGGACGGGCUAUUUCUCGACAGUGUCCGAGGGGUCUACACUUUGACUUGAAGUCAAACUUUUGCAAUUACCCAAGCCUCGUUCAGUGCUCAAUAGACGAGGUCCAGGAAGACAGUCAUCCAGCAUUAGUUGCCGAAGGAUUACCGGAUUGCAGCAAAGUGGAAGAGGAUACAAGAUUCGGCGACGUCAAGCAGCAUAAUAAGUUCUAUGUUUGCCUAAAGGGCAAGGCUGUCUUGCAUUACUGCAGUCCAGGAAAUUGGUUCGACCUCCGAAGUCAGAAAUGCGUCGAUCAGCGACUGGCUAAGGUGAAAUAACCAAUUGAGCUUUUAGUCUUAGUGACAUGAUCUUUAAUCUAAUUAUAGGAAUUUGGUGAUAGGGUUUAUUUUCUUAUAUAUAUAUAAUAGGUGAAUGGGAAACAUUACUUGUAUAGGUACACAUUAUUCUAGAGUGGUUACUGACUUAAAAGUUACAAGCAGACUC